AUGAGCGGCAAAACGGCAGAAGAUUACAAGGCACUAGGAAAUCAAUCCUUUGCGAGCAAGGAUUUUCCAAAGGCCAUUGAACAUUACACCAAGGCAAUCCAAUUGGAUUCCAAGAACCACGUAUUUUUCUCCAAUCGUAGUGCUUCCUAUGCUGGACUGAGUGAAUGGGGUAAGGCAGUGGAGGAUGCCAAAGAGUGCAUUCGAUUGGAUCCACAAUUUGUCAAGGGAUACUAUCGUCUUGCAACAGCUCAAUUGGAAUUGGAAGAAUAUGAUAUGGCUCAAGCGACUAUCAAACAAGGUUUGGCUGUGGAUUCCAACAAUGCUCCGUUGCUGAAACUUAUGGGAACGAUCAAAAAGGCCAGAAAGGCAGCUGCAACUACAGCAGCAGUCGCAGCUGGGGUCGGUGGUGGCAGUAGUAGCACGACAGCUGGAGGCAAUACGCUGGGAGGGGCUGGAAAAUUGGAUCAAGCGACUUCUCGAGAGCUCUAUGAUUUGGAGGUACAAUACAAACAAAGCAUUCGCGAAUUUCAAUCCGUUCAGGUCGAUAUGAACAAGUACCAAAGAGAACAGCAAAUGGCAGAUGCCACCCUCACUGAAUUGGAGGCGAGUCCGGCCGUUGGAGCCUAUUACCGAUCGGUAGGAAAGGCAUUUUUGAAAUCGACAAGAGAUAAUGUUAUGGAUCAUUUAAAAGAUAACAAGGAGGAAAGUGCCAAAAAGGAAAACGAUUUGACACAAAAGCUAAAGUACUUGGAACGGAGAAUGACUUCACAGAAGCAGAAUAUGAGAGAAUUGGUAUCACAGUCUAGGUAG